UAUAAAUAUAUAAACAGCAAAAUUGAAGGCAGUUCUCAUUUAUAAAACCUAUACUUGACUUAAAUAAUGAGUAGUGUAAACAAUUUUUACAACAGAGGCUACACGCAUCCCAUUAUUGAUAUGAGUUGUUUGGAUCCUUAUAUUUUUAAUGAUGAUGUGAAAGAUAAUGAAACUAACGUACAACUUUUUGAUAAUGAAACUAUUCAUUUUUUUAAUGAUGAAGAAACGCAAGUAUGUCAUGAGAGAUACGUUCGUGAAAAGAAAUCUGAAAAUGACAUAGAAUGUCCGAAAGAAGAACUAAAAUCCGAAUCAUGUUUUAAGGAAACACUACAAGGAGAAUCAGUAUUAAAAUCAACAAUAAAACCCGAAAGCGAUCACAAUAAAGGAUAUGACACAGCUGAAAAGAAAAGUAUAAACAAAACACAUAAACAAAUAAAUUGGACUGAAUAUCAUCGGUUGAGUGUAAUACAUUCGUUCUUAGAUGACCUGGAGUAUGAUUUUCCAUCGAUAUGUACUGUAGGAGUCAUUGGAAAUUCUAUAGAGGGCAGAAAAUUGAAGAUUCUCAAGGUCUCAAACAGUAAUGCAAGUAAUUCGGCAGUGUGGAUGGAUGCAGGAAUCCAUGCACGGGAAUGGAUCGCACCCGCCGUCGCUACCUACAUUUCUGAUCAUAUCGUACGAAAUUUCGCGACAUUGCCAACUAGUAUGACAAAUAAAGACUGGUAUUUUCAUCCAGUUGUUAAUCCCGACGGCUAUGAAUACUCGCACACCGUCGAUCGUAUGUGGCGAAAAAAUAGAGCCUGGUUUGGUGGACAAUGUGUUGGAGUUGAUCUUAAUAGAAAUUUUAGUUAUGGAUGGGGAGGCAAAGGAUCCUCGGAUAAUCCAACCAAUGCUUUCUAUCGAGGCCCAGUACCAUUUUCGGAGCCUGAGUCGUGUGCUAUCAGAGAUAUAUUAUAUAAAUCCGGCAUUCCUUUCCAAGUGUACAUUACCCUCCAUAGUUAUGGACAAGUAAUACUGUUCCCAUUUGCGUACAGGGAUGAACUCUGCCCCGACUAUGUGCGGUUACUGGAAGGAGCCACUGUCAUGUCUAAGGCUAUAUACGAAAGCAGUGGAAAUACAUAUAAGGUAGGAAUAUCAAGAGAUGUAAUGUACGGAGCCUCUGGUACAAGCAAUGACUGGAGUUACGGCAAAGCCGGUAUACCUUAUUGCUAUCUAAUAGAGUUGACAAGCAAGAAACAUAGAUUCAGAUUACCGAAAGAAGAAAUAGAAGAGACUGGAAGGGCGAUAUUAAACUGUGUUAAAGCGCUAAUGGACCAUAUUGAUAACAAAUCUAAAAAUGACAACGAUAAUAAAGACACCAAGGUGGCAGCGAUACGUCAUAAAUCCCAAGUUUGGGAACUAAGAUUGGCGAAUGACGGACAAAGAUAUUUCGUUAAAUCGUUGGAUACUGUUGGUGUUAUUAACAUUUGGAAAGAGGAGCGUAGUACAAUGGACAUCAUGGUGGAAGGGGCGCAGUCCAGCCAGGUGGCUGGAAUGUUGCAUGAAAGAGAAAUUCCGUAUGCUGUAGCCAUUGGAGAUCUUCGAACCUUGAUGGAAAAAGAACAGGAUGCUAUUAAAAAGACUAGACGCAAUUCUGAAAUAAGUCGUGCUAUGGAUUGGAAAAGUUAUCACCGUCUCGACGUUAUUUACGCGUUUAUGGACGAACUGGCUUCGUUGUAUCCGUAUUUGUGUUCAGUGAAUGUUAUUGGCAAGUCGGUCGAAGGAAGAGAUUUACGGAUGUUAAAAAUAUCCAACGGUGAAAGCGAUAACACAGGAGUUUGGGUUGACGGAUCUAUCCAUCCGCGCGAAUGGAUCAGUGCGGCGGUAGUGACGUACAUCGCAGACCGGCUUGUCAGAACGUUCCACGAACAACCCGAGAGCGUCACUAAUAAGGAUUGGUAUUUGCUUCCAGUUUUAAAUCCAGACGGCUAUGAAUACACACACACACACGACCGUAUGUGGCGUAAGAACAGAGCGCGAUAUGGAGAAUGUGUGGGUGUCGAUCUUAAUAGAAAUUUUAGUUACGGUUGGGGCGAAAGAGGCGAAGAGGGUUCAUCAGAAGAUCCUGGUAAUAUCUUUUACAGAGGUCCCAAACCAUUCUCAGAACCUGAAACCGCAGCUCUUAAACGAGUAAUACUAGAUUCGGAGACAAAUUUUAAAGUAUUUUUAUCACUCCAUAGUUACGGAGAAGUAAUUAUAUUCCCUUGGGGAUACACAGGCGAUCCUUGUCCUGAUUAUGUAGAAUUGCUUGAAGGAGGAACAGCUAUGGCUAAGGCUAUAUUCAGUAGUGGUGGGCACACAUACAAAGUAGGCAGUACUAAAGACCUCAUGUACUAUGCUGCCGGUACCAGCACUGACUGGAGCUAUGCUGUAGCGAACAUCCUUUACUCCUACAUGAUCGAACUUCGAGGAAAAACACACAGAUUUCUCUUACCAAAAGAAGAAAUAAUGUCAACAGCCAAUGAAGUAAUGUGUGGUAUUAUUAGGUUGAUGGAUUUUGUUGAUAGACGAUGUCGAAGUACACAAUCGUGUGCGUGUACAAAAUCAUAGUCAUUAACACAAAAUAG